GGGUCUGUGGGGACGGGGCAGGGCGGUCACUGCGGGGAACCGACUCCAGGUGACGCUUGUCCCCGUCCCGCAGCGGCCCCCAUGUUCCGCUCACGCCGCGCCGCGCUGGUGAGGCGGCUGUGGCGGCAGCGCUGCGCGGCCGCCGGCCCCGAGGACGGCCCCGGUGCGCUCAAACCGGCGGCUCAUGCCCUGUUCAAGAAGCUGAAGGAUGAGGAGCUGGAGCUGCUGGUGCAGGCGGUGGAGAGCCGGGGGGCCUGCGAGUCCGGCUGCGUGUGGGCGCCGCGGGGGGAGUCUCGGGGGGGGGUGAAGCAGGCACUGCCCCCCCAGGUCCUGCUCUGCCGCCUCUACCGCUGGCCCGACCUGCGGCAGCCCCAUGAGCUCAAGCACCUCUGCUACUGCGCCGGGGGCCGGGGGGGCUGCGGGGACGCGGCCGCGCUCUGCUGCAACCCGCAUCACUUCAGCCGCUUGGCUGUGCCCGAGACCCCGCCGCCCCCCUACUCGAAGGUGUCCUGUUGUCCCUCCUGGCCGGAUGAGACGCCGUUCCCCGGCACCCAGCUCCUGGAGUUCAGCUACGAUGACACCAGCCUCUCACGGAGCACUAUUAAGGACGGCUGCUGGUGCAAGCUGGCUUACUGGGAGCACCGUACGCGCGUGGGGCGCCUCUACGCCGUGCACGAGGCUUCGGUGAACGUGUUCUGCGAGCUGCCGCGGGGCAGCGGCUUCUGCCUGGGGCAGUUACCGGCCGCUCACCGCAGCCGGGCCGUGCGGCGGGCGCGGGGCAAGAUCGGCCGGGGGCUGCUGCUGAGCCGGGAGCCAGGGGGCGUGUGGGCCUACAACCGCAGCGAGCACCCCAUCUUCGUCAGCUCGCCUACCCUGGGUCCCCCUGGCGCCCGCGGGCUCCCCGUCCUCAAGGUGCUGCCCGGUUACUCGGCCAAGGUGUUCGACUACGAGCGCGUGGGGGGGGGCGGGGGCCGGCGGGUCCCUGGGGAGGGCCCCUGUGACCCCCACAGCGUCCGCAUCAGCUUUGCCAAGGGCUGGGGGCCCUGCUACUCCCGGCAGUUCAUCACCUCCUGCCCCUGCUGGCUCGAGGUCCUGCUGAACCGGCCACGCUGAGGGGCUGCAGUGGGCGGUGGGCUGCCAGGGAGACCCCCCGAAAGCGGUUUGCAAAGGGGGACAUGAGCUGGGGCCCCCCCACUG